CUCACGGUCACAAGAAGCAGCAAACAUGGUGAACUUCACGGUUAAUCAGAUGCGUGAGAUCAUGGACUACACGAAGAACAUUCGUAACAUGUCCGUGAUUGCCCACGUCGAUCACGGUAAGUCGACGUUGACGGACUCGCUCGUCUCCAAGGCCGGUAUCAUUGCCGCCAAGAACGCCGGCGACGCCCGCUUCACGGACACGCGUGCCGAUGAGCAGGAGCGUGGUAUCACGAUCAAGUCGACGGGUAUCUCGAUGUUCUUUGAGUACAACAUGUCGGCCGGUGAGGCCCUCGAAGCCAACAAGGCGCACGCUGACGCCGACGCCGCCUCGGGCGUCGACCACGCCGCGCCCACGGACGUCGAGAUUAACGAGAACUCGUACCUCAUCAACUUGAUCGACUCGCCCGGUCACGUCGAUUUCUCGUCGGAAGUCACGGCUGCCCUCCGUGUCACGGACGGUGCCCUCGUCGUCGUCGACUCGAUCGACGGUGUGUGCGUCCAGACCGAGACGGUCCUUCGCCAGGCCAUCGGUGAGCGCGUCAAGCCCGUGCUCAUGGUCAACAAGGUCGAUCGCGCCUUGCUCGAACUCCAGCUCCCGCCGGAGGAGUGCUACCAGGCCUUCAACCGCUCGAUCGAAAACGUCAACGUCAUCAUUGCCACGUACAACGACGAGAAGCUCGGCGACGUCCAGGUCUACCCCGAGAAGGGUACGGUCGCCUUCGGUUCGGGUCUCCACCAGUGGGGUUUCACGCUCAAGAAGUUCGCCCGCCUCUACGGCCAGAAGUUCGGCAUUGAGGAGCAGAAGAUGAUGGAGAAGCUCUGGGGCGACUGGUUCUUCGACGCCGACGCCAAGAAGUGGAAGCGCUCGUCGGAGAACGGCUCGCUCAAGCGCGCGUUCGUCCAGUUCAUCAUGGAGCCGAUCUGCAAGAUGUUCGACGCCAUCAUGAACGACCGCAAGGCCAAGAUCGCCAAGAUGCUCACGGCCGUCGGCGUUGAGCUCAAGCCCGAGGAGCAGGAGCUUGUCGGCAAGCCCCUCCUCAAGCGCGUCAUGCAGAAGUGGCUCCCGGCCGGUGAUGCCAUUCUUGAGAUGAUUGUCGUGCACCUUCCGUCGCCGGUCGUCGCCCAGCGCUACCGUGUCGACACGCUCUACGACGGUCCGCUCGACGAUGAGUGCGCCAACGGUAUCCGCAACUGCGACGUCAACGGCCCGCUCGUCAUGUACGUCUCCAAGAUGGUGCCCACGUCGUCGGACCGCGCUCGUUUCUACGCGUUCGGCCGUGUCUUCUCCGGCAAGAUCGCCACGGGCCAGAAGGUCCGCAUGCUUGGCCCCAACUACAUCCCGGGCAAGAAGACGGAUCUCUGGGUCAAGAACAUCCAGCGUACGAUCAUCAUGAUGGGUCGCUACGUCGAGCAGGUCCCGGACAUCCCGGCCGGUAACACGUGCGGUCUCGUCGGUGUCGACCAGUACCUCCUCAAGUCGGGUACGAUCACGACGUCGGAGACGGGCCACACCAUCCGCACCAUGAAGUUCUCGGUCUCGCCCGUCGUGCGCGUCGCCGUCGAGCCCAAGUCGGCUGCCGAUCUCCCCAAGCUCGUCGAAGGCAUGAAGCGCCUCGCCAAGUCGGACCCGAUGGUCCUCUGCUUCACCGAAGAGUCGGGCGAGCACAUUAUCGCCGGUGCCGGUGAGCUCCACCUCGAGAUUUGCUUGAAGGAUCUCCAGGAAGACUUCAUGGCCGGUGCCACGGUCAAGAUCUCGGAGCCGGUCGUCUCGUACCGCGAGACGGUCACGUCCGACUCGUCGAUGACGGUGCUCUCCAAGUCGCCCAACAAGCACAACCGUCUCUUCUGCUCGGCCACCAACAUCUCGGACGAGCUCGUCGAGGAGAUCGACUCUGGCAAGGAUGAGGUCGGCCCGCGCUUCGAUAUGAAGCUCCGUGCCCGCUACCUCGCCGACAACCACGGCUGGGACGUGACGGAUGCUCGCAAGAUCUGGGGUUACGGCCCCGAUGGUACGGGCCCCAACAUCUUCGUCGAUGCCACGAAGGGUGUCUCGUACCUCCAGGAAAUCCGCGAGUCGGUCCUCGGCGGUUUCCAGUGGGCCACCAAGACGGGUGUCCUCUGCGACGAAGUCGUCCGCGGUCUCCGCGUCAACCUCCUCGAUGUCGUGCUCCACGCCGAUGCCAUCCAUCGUGGUAUGGGCCAGAUCAUGCCCACGGCCCGCCGUGUCGUCUUCGCCGCCCAGCUCGUCUCGACGCCGGCGCUCAUGGAACCCUACUUCCUCGUCGACAUCCAGUGCCCGCAGGACGCCAUGGGUGGUGUCUACGGUGUGCUCACGGUCCGCCGUGGCCACGUCUUCUCGGAGGAGCAGCGCCCCGGUACGCCCAUGAUGUCGAUGCGCGCGUACAUGCCCGUCAACGAGUCGUUCGGCUUCACUGAGGAGCUCCGCGCCAAGACGGGCGGCAAGGCCUUCCCCCAGUGCUCGUUCGAUCACUACUCGAUCGUCACGGGUGACGCCCUCGUCCCCACGUCGAUGGCCGGCAAGCUCGUCACCUCGACGCGUGUCCGCAAGGGUCUCGCCCCCGAAGUGCCGCCGUUUGACCGCUUCUACGACAAGUUGUAAACGUCUCAAUCGACGAUUGCCAUUGUUGGUGCAUUUUUUGAUGUCACAUUAAUAUAUCUAUCCAACAAGAACAUCAUAUCUCCUUCAUGACA